AUGGGCAAGUCUAAAACGUCGGGCAAGGGGCGGCUCGACAAGUUCUACUACCUCGCCAAGGAGCAGGGCUACCGGUCCCGCGCGGCGUUCAAGCUGGUGCAGCUCAACCGCAAGUACCAGUUCCUCGAGAACUCGCGCUCGCUGCUCGACCUCUGCGCCGCGCCGGGCGGAUGGCUGGACUUGGACGGUGGUGGCGAGGGCAGACGAGACGAGACGAUGCACCCGGGCUGCGACUUGUCCAUUGCCGUGGCGGCGAAGUACAUGCCGAUGGGCAGCGUGAUCGUGGGCGUGGACCUGGUGCCCAUCCGCGCCGUGCCCGGCUGCAUCACGCUCACGCACGACAUCACCACGCCCAAGUGCCGCGCCGACCUCAAAAAAGUCCUCAAGUCGAGGGGCAGUCGAGGGGCAUUCGAGGGGCAGUCGAGGGGCAUUCGAGGGGCAGUCGAGGGGCAUUCGAGGGGCAGUCGAGGGGCAGUCGAGGGGCAGUCGAGGGGCAGUCGAGGAGCAGUCGAGGGGGUGGAGGGCGGAUGGGGUGUAGUCUUUGGAGGCACUCUAGGCCAGCCUUCCACUUCCCUUUUGCACUUCCACCCUCUUCCCCCCUGGCUGCGCCCCUCCCUGUCGCCUUUCAUCGGCGGGCUGCUGGACGUGGUGGUGCACGACGGGUCGCCCAACGUGGGAGGCGCGUGGCUCAGCGAGGCGCUGGGGCAGGCAGCGCUCUCUCUGCAGGCGCUGCGACUCGCCGUCGAGUUCCUCAAGCCGGGCGGCACCUUCAUCUCCAAGUGCAACGGCAUCAACGCUUCUCUCCGUGUCCCUGUCCUGUCCCCUCCUUGCGUUCCUGCGCACCCCACCACCCCACCACCGCCCCACCACCCCGCCAGGUGUUCCGCUCGCAGGACUACAACGCGCUGCUCUUCGCCUUCAAGCAGGUACGCCUCGCCUUUUCCCACCCUCAACAUCCUCCUCAUCCCUCUCAUUCAUUCCACACGCUUGCACCUCCCCAUCCUUGCACCUCCCCAUCCUUGCACCUCCCCAUCCUUACACCUCCCCAUCCUUACACCCCGCUACCCUUCCUGGACCAAGCUCCUGUUCGGGCGAGUGGAGGCGACGAAGCCGGUGGCGUCGAGGGCGACGUCGGCGGAGAUCUACGUGGUGUGCCACGCCUUCAAGGCGCCCAGCCGCAUCGACCCGCGCCUCCUCGACGCCAAGCACCUCUUUGAGACCGUGCCCGAGCCGCCCAAGGUGAGCCGCCCAAGGUACGAGGAGGGGCAGAGUGUGGUGCACAAGCGCGCGCCGCUGCCGGACUUCCUCACCACCGACAACGCCGUGGCGUUUCUGGGAACCUUCCACGAGAUCACCUUUGACUUGCCGUUCGCCCAGCCCGUCAUCGACCACCCGCUCACCACGCCCGAGAUCCACGAGCUGUGCAAGGACCUGCGCAUUCUGGGCAAGAGAGACUUCAAGCAGCUGCUCAAGUGGCGCCUCAAGAUUCGCAAGGACCUUCCAGAGCUGGUUCGGCAGGACAAGCAGGCGGAAGGAGAGGUUGAUGGUGCGGAGGAGGAAGGGGGGGAAGGGGAUGAGGGCGGGGCGGCAGAGGAGGGGGAGGAGGGGGAGGAGGCGCGGAGGGAGAGGGAGGAGGCGGGGGUGGAGGAGGAGCUGGCGGAGCUGAGGGACCUGCUGGGCGCCCGGCGCCGCCUCAAGCUCAAAGCCGACAAGCGCCGCCGCGAGAAGAGCAAGGUGCGCACGGCGACGGGCAUGAAGGUGGAUGCGCUGGGGGACACCGACAUCGCUGCCGACGACGAGCUCUUCGCCCUCACCGCCAUCAAGGUGCCUCGCACCCCUCCUCUUCGCCCUCCUCUUCGCCCCCUUCACACGGCUCACUGUCUUUCAUCACUCGUUCAUCUCUCUCAUUCACUUGUUCUCACAGAAUCUUCCCCUCAUUUUCUUGCCCCCCUCUCUCCCUACCGCCCCAUCCAUUGCUUCCGGUUUUCCAUUUCCUAA